AUGGAGGUUUUUGAAUAACAAUAGAAGGACGAUCAGGUUCAGAUACAAAGAUUAUUGAUAAAGAAGCAAUUGUUGGAGAUUCGAAUACGUCAUGAAAAUGAGAAAUAUGAAGAAACCCUAAAAAAUUAUUAACAAUUGUUGCAAAGAUUGGAAUCAAUGGAACAUAGCCAAAAGGAGUACAUCUCACAAAUGAACCAAUUGAGUGAGUGUUUAAAAGAGAUUGUUUAACAAAACCAUGAGAUGGAGAGUGCCUAUAAUGACAAGUGCAAAGAAUAUGAGAUACUGGAUUCAGAAGCUGAGGAAGCUGUGUUAAAAGCUGGAGACAUCAUCUAGGGUAGAUUUCGUAUUGGAGAACUUCUUGGAGAAGGAUCAUUUGGAUCUGUCUUUAGAAUCUAUGAUAUUCAGAACAGCAAUGAAGUCUUUGCUAUCAAGGUGGAGUAAGAAUUGGAGGAAGAGGAAAGCAUGUUAGAAAGAGAAAUCAAGAUUAUGAUGGAAUUAAAGAAGAAGCCCGGGUUCCCAUAGAUAUUAUACUAUGGAUAAGAGAAUCAUUAUGUUUAUUACAUUAUGAAUGUGCUUGGACCCAACCUUGAAAUUACCAGCAAGAAAUGUGGAGGCUCUUUCACUCUCGUAACCAUGUUGCGAUUAGCUAUUCAGAUGCUUAGCCGAAUUGAAACGUUGCAUUCUAUGCGUCUCAUUCACAGAGACAUUAAACCAGACAACUUUGUGUUGGGAUUGGGAUAGCAAUAAAACAUAUUACAUCUGAUUGAUUUUGGAUUAUCUAAAUUUUAUGUAAAUUCUAAAGGUGAACACAUCAAAUAAGUACGCAAAAAAGGAUUGAUUGGAACAGCAAGAUAUGCCAGCAUUAAUGCUCAUAACGAACUUGAAUAGAGUCGCAGAGAUGAUCUAGAAAGCAUAGCUUACAUCUUGGUAUAUUUGGCCACUGGGUCUCUACCUUGGAUGAAUCUCCAAAUUGAAUAGAAAGAUCUCAAAUAUGCUAAAAUAUUACAUCUAAAAAAGUCAACAACUCCAGAGAUUGUAUGUAAAAAUCUACCAGCUUGCUUUAUGAAAUUUUUAACAGCUGUUCGUAAAUUAGACUUUAUCACAACGCCUGAUUACGGGACGUAUAAAAAAUUAUUCCAAAGCGAAUUAGAAAAGCAUUAGGUUUAACCAUACUAUGAUUGGGAAGUGGUAGGAGAUAAUCAUACAAAAAAGAAAAGUAACACAAUGCAUAUUAUGCCAGAAUAAUUGAAAUAAAAUAAUAGUCCUAACAAUCUACAUAUUAUUAAUAGCAAUGGAAAUAACAAUGGAUCAAAUAAAAAUACUAUGACUUAUGGACAGGAUCAAAUCAUUGAAGGUGAUAUGGAUAAAAGAUUGAAUUUACAAGCUUCAACAAAAGGUGUCGAUAAUAAACAAUUUGAAAGGUUUGAAUAGAUUUUGCAAUAGAAUCAGAAGAAGUACUAUAAGAUGAACAGUUCAAAGAGGUAAAACUCUGGAAGGGCUAAAACCCCUGUGAUGGUCAAUGUUAUUGAACCUGAUAAACAAAUUCAACAAUAAUAGUAUGAAUAAGUAUAUGAUGAAGUGUAAUACAUUGCAAAAUCAGCCAAAUUCUUGUAACCACCCUCUACUCCCAAUGUUAGGAAUUCCUCUUCCAUUAUGAAUCCUUAUUAUAUCCCAUCUUUAAACACUUCAUAAGUGAAUAAUUAUGAUUGGAGUGAAGGGGAAGAAAUAAGCAACGAAGGCACUCCCUUAUGGUGUAUGUAUGUGGAGAAGGAGAGACAAAAUGUGAUGACGGGAAUAUAAACAAAAAAAAAGAACUCCAUUAAACACAAUAGUUUCAGUGCCCUCCAAUAUCCAAUUCAAAAUCAAGUAAGAGGAAGUGAUGAAGAAUUGUUUGAUAUUGAAUGA